AUGUCUUCUGCCUUUGACACCAAUGGAGUGUGGCUAGUUACCGGCUGUUCAGCCGGGUUGGGCCAAUCCAUCGCGAGGUAUGUCUACGCAGCGGGCCACACCAUCGUGGCAACGGCCCGCAACGUGGAUUCCCUCGACUACCUCCCCAAUGGACCCAAAGUUCUCAAACUCAGCCUAGACGUUACAUCUCAGGAAAGCAUCACUGCCGCCGUCAACAGCACGGUAAAGUGUUUUGGCCGUCUUGAUGUCGUGAUUAACAACGCCGGCUACGGCGUUAUGGAGGGAUUUCCUGAAAACGAAGCUCGCGAACAGCUCGAAACCAUGUUCUGGGGCCCCGUCCACUUGACAAAGGAGAGCAUUCGUGUUUUCCGAGAAGUCAAUGCUUCCGGUCAAGGAGGGACAAUUGUUCAAGUUUCCUCCAUUGGUGGUUAUUCAGCAUUCCAAGGAAAUGCAUUCUACCAUGCGAGCAAAUUUGCUUUGGAGGGUUUCACGAAGUCCGUCAACAGAGAGCUCAAUCCCAAGUGGAACAUCAAUCUCAUGAUCCUCUCCCCAGGCGGAGUCAAGACAAGAUUCGCCUCUAGCGUCAAAAUCUUACCGCGCCAUCCAGCCUACGACAAUGAUGAAGCGCCACUCACGAGUCUCACCAAACUUAUGAAAGACCCCUCUACGGCUGCUACUUGGGCCGAUGCUGACAAGUGUGCCGCUGUCUUGUUCGAUGUAGUCUUAGGCCAGAAGGACAAGCCGCUGCCAACAAGGCUCAAUCUUGGUGCUGAUGCGCUACCCCUUAUGAGGUAUGAAGUUGGUGAGUAUUUGAAGGAGAUGGAGGAUUGGGAAGAGGAAACGCUUAAGGUGAUGCCUUCAACAACAGAAAGCUCAGUCCUACUUAUGGACCAGUUGACGAAGAGAUUCUAA